AUGAAGGUCGAGAUUGACUCGUUCAGCAACAAGAAGAUCUACCCGGGUCGUGGCCGUCUCUACGUCCGUGGUGACAGCAAGGUGUUCCGCUUCGGCACUCACAAGUCGGAGUCGCUCUUCCACCAGCGCAAGAACCCCCGUAAGAUCGCCUGGACUGUGCUGUACCGCCGCAUGCACAAGAAGGGUGUCUCGGAGGACGCUUCGAAGCGCCGCACUCGCCGCACCGUGAAGCACCAGCGUGGUGUUGUCGGUGCGUCGAUCGACGCCAUCAACGCCCGCCGCAACCAGAAGCCCGAGGUGCGUGCCGCCACCCGCAAGGAGGACCUCGCCAAGAGCAAGGAGGACAAGAAGACUCGCAAGGCCGAGCGCAAGGCCAACCGUGCCUCGGUCGCCUCGACCGGUCCCCAGAUCUCCCGCCAGCAGGCCAAGGGCGGUGCCGCGCGGGGUGGUAUGAAGGCUUAA